UUCUCAGCAGUUGAUCGGACCGCGCCGCCGGUGGGAAAAGUGAUCAUGGCAGACACCACCCACAAUGAAGUUUUUGAUCGACUGAGUCAGAGUUUCAAGGAGAGUAAUUUGAGUCAGACGACCUCGUCGGCGAGUCUGUCACUGCUAAACACGACACCAUCCGUUGUCAGCCAACCUGCAGGCAAGCCUGAUGAGAAACUACAACAAUACAUUGGUUACAAGGAGUGGCUGGACACAGUAAAGCGUGAUUAUGAAUCUGCUCUGGAAGCCAGGAGAAUCUCCAACACAUCAGAAGAUCAAGAUCAACUUAAAGAAAGGAUUCUGAGACUUCAACAACAACUAUUGCAAGAAUCCACAAACCACUCUCUGAAGGAACUUGCGGUCAAAAGAUUGCAGCUAAGUGAUACCCUGCUGCAGACCCUCUUCCCCGCUUCUAGCAACCAGGCAUCCCUCGAGCAAAGAGACAAGUUCAACGACUCCACCUCAAAGCAGAUUGAACUGGUGACAGAGGUCAUAGGUCAUCAGAAGGUCUGCCAGCGUGUGCAAGAGGAACUGGAUGCAGUGAGGAAAGAAUGUCUAGAACACAAGAAGAAGAAUCGGGAGGUGAUGAUGGAACUGCUUCAGAUAAAUGAGCAAAAGGAGAAACAAGCCAGUAACUAUGACGACGAUAAACAACAGCAGGCUGAAGAAGAGAUCAACAGAAUCCUGUCCCACAUCACGAUCGGUCGUAACAUUCUUCAGGGUCUUGUUGUUGGGAGCGGAGUCAACUGGGCGGAGGAUAAGGAUCUUAAAGAAGUCAUGCUCGGACUCGGUAAACCUGUCCAACUCUAG